GUAAAGUAAUGGAGGUUACGAUUUCAUGGGAUAAAUGUAUAGCUAGUUUUUAACUAGCUAAAUUAUAUCAGUGGGUGGUAUACUUCUUGGGGGUGAAAACCCCCACCGUUUCUUCGAUAUUGUCGGACCAGUCUGCCAAGAUGGCGUCGGACACACAGACUACUGGCUCUAAGGGGAUCAUGACAUUCUGCCCCACCAUGGAGGAGUUCAAGAGCUUCACCCGAUACAUCGCAUAUAUGGAGUCUCAAGGAGCCCAUAAAGCUGGUUUGGCCAAGAUUAUCCCUCCCAAAGAGUGGAAGCCGAGGCGUUCAUACGACGACAUCGAUGACCUGCUCAUCCCUGCUCCCAUUCAGCAGGUAGUGACGGGCCAGUCUGGCCUCUUCACCCAGUACAACAUCCAGAAGAAGGCGAUGACCGUGAAAGAAUUCCGAAAAACGGCCAACAGUGACAAGUUCUGUAGCCCUCGAUAUGAUGAUUUUGAAGAACUUGAAAGGAAGUACUGGAAAAAUGUGACCUUUAACCCUCCCAUCUACGGGGCUGACGUUAACGGUACACUCUACGACCCUGACGUGAACGAGUGGAACAUCGGCCGUCUGCGGACCAUCCUGGACACGGUGGAGAGUGACAGUGGCAUCACCAUCGAGGGCGUGACCACACCCUAUCUCUACUUCGGCAUGUGGAAGACCACGUUCGCCUGGCAUACCGAGGACAUGGACCUCUACAGCAUCAACUACCUGCACUUCGGAGAACCAAAGUCUUGGUACACUGUGCCUCCAGAACAUGGGAAGCGACUAGAGCGGCUAGCCAAAGGAUUUUUUCCUGGAAGCUCCCAAAAUUGUGAAGCUUUUCUUCGGCACAAGAUGACUCUCAUAUCUCCUUCCAUUCUGAGGAAGUAUGGCAUUCCAUUCGAAAAGAUUACUCAGGAAGCGGGAGAGUUCAUGGUGACUUUUCCGUACGGCUACCACGCAGGCUUCAACCACGGCUUCAACUGCGCCGAGUCCACCAACUUUGCCACGAUGCGCUGGAUCGACUACGGCAAGCAGGCCAUCCUGUGUUCGUGUCGGAAGGACAUGGUAAAGAUUUCCAUGGACGUGUUUGUGAGGAAGUUCCAGCCCGAGCGCUACGACCUCUGGUUGGCUGGGAAGGACAACACCCCCAUCGACCACUCCAAGCCCACGCCCGAGGCAGCCGAGUUUCUGGGGGGCGAGGCAGCAAGCUUCGGCCAUCCGCAGCUCAGUACAGACAGCCAAAACUAUGAGGGACAGAGGAAAAGCGUGACCAAACAGAGGAUAGGUACGAAGAGGCACCGGGUGUGUUUAGAGGUCCCAGAUGACGUUCUACCAAAGACUGAAAUUCCAGAUGAAGAUGUUGAGUAUGGCAAGAAGGGCCGACUGUCACCACAGGCCAGAUACACGGAGCCUAGCGACCAGGCGUCUGCGAAGCCACACUUAAACAGCGGCCGGUGCCCUGUGCUCGGAGACGGCGGCAGAGGUGGAGACAACGGCACCCCACUCUCUGCGGCCUGCCUGCAGCCUCUCAGGAAGAACCACCUCUCCAUAGCCACCAUGCCCACAGCCGCUCACUGCCUGUCUGCCGUGCCCUGGGCGUCGUCCAAGCCCGGCGUCGCCAGCCUGCUCUUCCACAGGACGCUGAGCCCGUCGGACGCGCUACAGGUCCACAGCUACGCGGCGAGGCCUGUGUUCCGUAAGGCUCCAUCCCCCUGUCUGGAGGACAACGGAAGAGGCGACGCCCAGCCGGACACGGAGCCAGAUGCCAAACCAGACCAGGAGUUUUGCAAAGAGACGCCAGGAGCAGACACAGAUGUGCGGGAUCUGGAACAGGAGAUGGAAAAUAAUAGUAUGAAGAGGAAAUUACAGCCUCUCAGCAAACUUCCCCUCCUUCACCCCCUUCUCAAAGAGAGUACGAGCGAUGAAGAGCUCCAGGAGCAGGCCGAUCUAGAGGACGACUCUCAGGAGAGCGACCCGUGGGCCCGGCUUCUCAGCCCGCUCUGGCAGAACAGACCGCGAAGCUUCGAGGCCGAGCGGGACUACAACCGGUACGCGGGUCAGCAGCCCCCGUACUGUGCGGUGUGCAGCCUCUUCCACACAUGCGAGCAGAGCGAGCUGAGCAGCCUGAGCCAGGCCCCUGCUCUGGCCACUGGAGAGGAGAAGCUGAGGAGCAUGCCGCUCAUCCCGGAGAUGUGCUUCACGGGCAGCUCGGAGGGACACCUGUCUACCCCUCGCCUGGAGCCGGACGGCACCAGCCGGCUGGUCAGCUGCAGCGCAUGCUGCGUGCGCGUUCACGCCAGUUGCUACGGGGUGCCGCAAGACACCGACCCAGACACCUGGAGGUGCACCCGUUGUGAGGAGAAUGCUAUUACUCAGGACUGCUGUUUAUGCUCAUUAAGAGGAGGAGCACUGCAAAAGGCCAACAACGAUAAGUGGGUUCACGUGUUGUGUGCCGUAGCAGUGCUGGAAGCUCGGUUCGUGAACAUCGCGGAACGCAGGCCAGUGGACCUCAGUGCCAUACCAUUGCAGAGGUUCAAACUGAAGUGCCAGUACUGCCGCAAGCGGGUGAAGCGAGCGGCAGGCUGCUGCGUGCAGUGCUCACACGGCCGCUGCUCCUCCUCCUUCCACGCCACGUGCGCCCGCGCCGCCGGCGUCCACAUGCACCCCGACGACUGGCCCUUCGUCGUCUUCUUCACCUGCUGGAGACACAAGGGCGGCACACACGUGGAGCGUAACAUGGCAUCUUUGCGAGAGCUGCAGGAGGGGCAGAAAGUCAUCUGCAAGCACAAAAACGGCCGGUACUACCAGUCUGAGGUAGUGGAGCUCAUCAAAGCCACGUUCUACGAGGUUGUCUUUGAUGAUGGCUCCUUCAGUGACAACCUAUUCCCAGAAGACAUAGUGAACAGAGACUGUGUGCAGCUUGGGCCGCCAGCAGAGGGCGAUGUGGUGCAGGUGCGCUGGACAGAUGGCCUUAUCUAUGGCGCCAAGUUUGUGGCGGCCCACAUCAUCCCAAUGUACCAGUUGGAAUUUGAGGACGAGUCUCAGUUGACAGCGAAAAGAGAAGAUGUGUACUGCUUGGAUGAAGAGUUGCCGAAACGUGUUAAAGCACGACUGUCUGUGGCAUCUGAUAUGCGCUUCAAAGGGGUCUUCGUAGAGAAGGAGGUUAAAGAGGACUCUAAACGUCAGCGAGUCAUAAACUCCCGCUACAGGGAGGACUAUAUCGAGCCAGCCAUCUACAGAGCUAUCAUGGAGUAAUCCAAGCAGCAACAGUCGCAGUGGACUUAGUCGCAUGGCCCAAACCACCAGCCCAGUGCCGUCGACAGCGCCGUGGCCCCGACCAGGAUCUUCAUUCUUUCAGGACACUUUAAUCAUUUUAACCACUGAGAAUGCCAUCAGCAAGUACUCUUGACACACUCUUCUGUUUGGUUUUGUUUGUUUGUUUGUUUUUGGUUCUUUGCUAUUUGAAACACUUGUCUUCCCUGCCCGGCCGUCAAACUGUCCUGAAGUGUACUUACUGUGAAUAGCGAUGUCCUCAGCCAGGUCACAGAUGGGAGCACGGUGGUGGAGCACGAGCCUAGCCAAACGGUGUAGCCAGCUCUUGUGUAAGACUGUUUGUGUUUUUUUCCCCUCUGUGCUGAACACAGCUGGCUGGCAUCGUUGUGGAACUUUUGGAAGCCUCUCCGGCUCCCAGUAGCGCCGGUCAUGGUGGUUUCGGAUGUCUGUGCUCUUUUUUUUUUUUUUUUUUUUUUUUAAACUACAGCUGCGUAGAUCAAAAUAUACCGGCCAAAUGCACAACGAAGAAGACUGUGACAUCCAGCCGUGCUAGCGUUGUUGGCAGCAAAUGAGAACUAAUAGGGGCUGGUUAGUGUGAUUAUUGACCCAGCAUGCUAACUGGCUCCUCUUGUCAUUAGUUUGGGGCAAAAUGUCCCCUUUUAAAAGCUCAGAAGCAUUAGACACUCACUGGCACAGGCAGGCUCUCUUGCUGACUCGUAAGGUCUUCAGAGUGCUCAUUAAAUACUAUUUUCAUCCAUGAGAAUGGUGUAUUUGUUAGUACAGAGCAGCUUUCACUGUGUAAUCUACUGCAAACACUUUUAUUAUUUAGGAAGCUGUAGCCUUAUAUUCACUUGCUUGUUUCAUAGGGUUCAGCAGUCAGACUCUGGUUUAGGUUUUGUUUUAAUUUAUAUUUCUCUUAAGGUUCAUCCAUGUUUGUCCAGGUUUCAUUGCCGUCCUCAUUGUUAAUGUUUAGCUUUGUUUAAAAAAAAAAAGAAAAGAAAAAAGAAAAAGAAAAAAAAUGUAUUUAUGUUAAGAAUUCUUUUUUUUUUUUUUUUCCUCCUACUGUUUACAAUAGAACAAUAGAUAGGAAUACGUCUUGGCAGUUUGGGGGGGUAUCGGGGGGCAAAACCCCACAACACAUUUAUUAAAGCUUCUGUCAGCACACCCCACACCCAUGAAUUAGCAAAGCAGGGUAAUCUACCGGAAGGCUUCCUUUUUUAGACCAGGAGAAUGUACCUGGUUCUACAAGUGUCACUUGUACACAUUGCCUACCUUCUUCAUUAAAACAGCUUGCGUUGAUUCUCUGAA